CAGCGCCCUCAUCUUUCGGGCUGCACAGUCGGGUUUUGUAACCUCCGCUGCAGCCUGUUGGAUGCUUUUGUAUUACAAGGACGCUAUCCCCAGACUUUGCAUGGGGCUCCGGUCGGGAAGACAGAAGAGAGUUCCUGCUUGUCUGACAGUACAGUCCCAUCGGGAUUUCCUCCAACUCCUUUAGGAUUCUCUAAAGUGAGGAAACUACACACAGAUUUAACACCCGGAGAAAAGUUAAAAAUAUCAGCCACAUUUGUUUGUCUGGUUUGUUUUUCUACUAAAGAUGAGGGUGAAGUGCAAGUGAAUCAAAGGGACGCCAUCAAUGAAAUACAAAUACAUGCAACCCGGAAUUCUGCUGGAAGAAAUAUCCCGGACAGUUUCCCAUUAGAAAUUCUCAGAGAAAUCAUUGUCUCUUUUUCUUCUUCUUCUUUUCUUCUUCUCGCUAUUUCCAGACGUGGUUGUUAAACUCAAGUAUCUGAUGCAACGUGAAAGGAGGCCCGCCUCUCUUAUCAAAUUUCUUGUAUUAAAGUGAACUUCGCAGAAAAAGAAGUUACCUGCGGCUCUCCAUCUGGGUAAAGCCCCAGACCGCUUAUCCUCUAUUUAUCGCAGUUAGGUGAAACUAACUGGAGAGAGCUCAAGAUCUCAUUUUCAAAACGUCCAGAGAGAAGCUUGAAAGUAAACAUCCAGCUUGUAAAAAUGGGACGUCGUUCCUCAGAUACUGAAGAAGAAAACAGAAACAAAAGAAAAAAGAAACACCGUAGACGUUCAUCUUCAAGUAGUUCUUCAGAUAGUAGAACAUACAGCCGUAAGAAAUCAGGAAGGAAGUCAAGGUCAAGAUCACGGUCUCGAGAUCUCCAAUCCCGUUCACAUUCUUAUGAAAAAAGACGCAGACAUCGAUCUAGCAGUAGCUCUUCAUAUGGAUCCAAAAGAAAACAUAGUCGUAGUCGAUCGAGGGGCCGAGGAAAAUCCUAUAGGUCUCAGAGAUCAAGAUCAAAGAGUAGAACAAGAAGGUCACGAUCAAGACCACAUCAACGUUCCUAUAGUCGAAGCAGUGAAAGAUCCAGUCAUAGAAGAACUCAUAGCAGAUCUCGUGAAAGAGAACGGCGUAAAGGCAAAGAUAAAGAAAAAAUAAAAGAGAAGGAGAGGAGCAGAGGGAAAGACAAGGAGUUAUAUACCACCAAGCACGGGGACUCUGGAAACAUCAAAGCUGGAUUAGAACAUCUGUCUCUUGCUGAACAGGCCAAAGCUAGAUUGCAGUUGGUUCUUGAAGCGGCUGCGAAAGCAGAUGAAGCAUUGAAGGCUAAAGAAAGAAGUGAAGAAGAAGCGAAAAAGAUAAAGGAAGAAGACCAAACCACCCUGGUAGAACAAGUGAAACGAGUAAAAGAAAUUGAAGCUAUUGAAAGUGACUCUUUUGUUCCACAGACAUUCAGAUCAAGUAAAGAAGUCAAAAAGUCAACAGAACCUGGUGAACUAAAAUGUGAACCUGCAACUGUAGGAGUGGGAACUGUCGAUCUGCCUGAUACUGAAAAAGAAAUAGCACCUGGCAACAUUCCUACUGCCAUAAAGUACCAAGAUGAUAACUCUUUAGCACAUCCAAAUCUAUUCAUUGAGAAGGCAGAAGCAGAGGAAAAGUGGUUCCAGAGAUUGGUUGCUCUUCGGCAAGAAAGGCUGAUGGGCAGUCCUGUGGCUUGAGUGAAUUACAGUGAACAUCAUACAGAAUUUCUUCAUGAAUGCUAAGAAAAUUCUCCUGUAAAAUUGUUUGACUGUUAAUAUCUCUUAAAAAGUAAAUGUGAGUUGUAAGGAGAACACAAGUUUCAUCUGAAUGGAGAUACAUGCUUUACUCUCACUCGUUAUCCACUUUUAUUCAUUGUGA